UGCUCUUUUGUAUAUAUUACCGCGCCAGUAUAAUGGAUAGGUGCUACCUGUUUUCUCUUACAUUUUAUCUAAUUAUGUUUGGGUGCAUCUGUGCAGAUAGGAACCAAUAUGGAAUGAUAUCAGUGGUAGAACCAGCUUUUGUGAACAGGGAGGUAACACUGAAAGCAACACCGUUCUCUCCUUGGGGAUGUGACGUAGCAUGGAGAUUCAUAAUGGAUGGUAACACAAGAUUACAAACAAUGAAUGGGACAAAUGCUAAAAUAUAUUCAAAAGAUGGGUCAUUCUUUUUAAAAUGGAAGGUUUCAUCUGAAUACAACGGAUCUAACUUCUACGCUAGCUGUUCAACAAAUGAAACAAUUAAAACAAGCAUGACAUCUUUAAAUAUUACAGAUAUUGUUGGACAAUGUGGAGCUCUUAUAAUUCUAAGUCCGGUUGUUCGCGGCGCGGAAGUCAAACUUGGAUAUUUUCCGUCUGACCAAUCUUUAGAGCGCCAAAUAAACACUGCACGAACAUGGAAGAAAGACACUAAGGAGCUACAGCUACGAAAUGGUUCUUACGAAGAAGAAAUGGUUUCUGAGUAUUUGUACAUAUUGACUAUAUUCAAUUUCAAUGAAACAUUUGAAGGCUGCUAUACUUUAAAUUGCAAUUUAGUUGACUACACGAAUUUUGUACAGCUUCAUAUUCCAGAAAAACCAAGUUAUCCAGUUCUCGGUCCAAAGUCCCCUGACUUUAUAACAACAGAAUGUAUCUAUGUUUAUGGAGGCUCCGACAUUUAUUGCAAAACUGAAAAUGGAACCGAACCCGUACAAGUGUUACUUUCAAUUGAACAGAAGUCUUUUGUUCUUUCUGAAAGCCACGAAAACAAAGGGUCGUAUCGAUUCCAUAACGUCCAUCAACAAAUGGCUGGACUGUUGAGACAGAACGUGACAUGUCAGGUUUCUAAUUCAGCCCUCGAAUCACCCUACGAAGUGCACGGCACUUUAUGUAACGUAGAAAAAGGUAGCCCGCCUAUCCUAACAGUUCCUGAAUUCCUUGAUGGAGAAAGCUCGACAGCAAUAUGUGAAGUGCACAAUGCUAUCCCGGCUCCGAAAAUAGAACUUUACGUUGAUUCAGUCUUGCUAGCGGAUGUUCAACAGACUGAUUCAUUUAAUAUAUCUUCGUAUACCUUUACAAGUCGAGUAAAGGCGACAAAGACUUAUACAAUGUCAAAUGGAAAAGAAAUGUGUUGCACCAGGCAUAGUAAACAUGACUUUGGUUUUAAAAGUGUGUCAAUAUGCCUAAAUAUCAGUAUGAAAUAUCCACCGUCGGAUCUCUCCAUAUCGGUCAAUAAAAUGCAAGAAUAUAGCAACAAUGUUUUUGUCUGUUUCUUCAACAUGUCUUGUGAAACGGAUGGGUCAAAUCCGCCUUGCACAAUUGAAUGGUCAAGUGACAACGAUAAUUUAAGAUACCUUCAAAGCACCAACUGGACGAAACGUGAAAGUGGGAGUUUCCGAUCUGUUUCCAACGUGCUCUUCAAUGUCACUAAAGACAUGGCUGGUGUAACUAUUACAUGUUCAACAAAAUGCGAUCAUUUCCCAUCGCAUUUGAAUGCAAGCUAUGUAUUAUCGUUUUCUGGAAGUCAACCCCAUGAUAAAGUCAAUCAGACAUUUUCUUCAACAUCCCGAUUUCCUGUCGUCAACAAGGUGCUAAUUGGAAUAGGCGUUUUUUGUGGAUUCUGCAUCUUGUUGAUAAUUGGAAUCGGAAGAUGUGUAUUACUUAAACGACGAAAGGCCAACGAAAUCAACACAAUAGAGAUUGUUGAACAUCACAGCGGCACCUCGUCGGACAGUGGCGUACUUCACAUAGCAACAGAAGGUGUCCAGUACGUAGUCCCGCAGAGGCAGGCGGCCACACAUGGGAUUGAAACGCAGCAACAUCAUGAUGACGACGGCCUAGCGUACGCCGAUUUGGACAUCAAAUUCCUACAAAAGGCUAACGCCAGAGUUUCGUCAAGCAGGAAGAAUACGCCGACGGAGUAUGCUGACAUUGAGUUCUCCAUAUCAAAAGCACCUGUUAAAGAUUAUGCGUGCCAAAAUGCAUCAGACGAAUGUUAAUCUAAAUCAAAGACCAAACGAUAUUUUUUGAGUGUCUUUAGUGACCUGUAGAUUUUACUCUUAAAAACAUUAAGACAUUAUUACAGAACUUUUGUUUUGGUUUCUGUUUUUAUUGCACUAAGUAACGUUUGUACAAAAAUAAACACUUUUUUUCAUGCAAAACAAAGCGUUUAUUUGCAAACAUAUUCAUUAAUUUAGUUCAUAUAUAAACACGGAUAAAUCAAAAGUUAAUAUUUCGGAAUGAGUCUAUACAUAUUUUAAUUGGAUAUACCAGCCUUAAACAUCAGUGUAUGCUUCCUUAUUGCAAUUGAUUUCUCAACGCUUAGUUGUUU